AUGGCAUUCAAACGACCCCUCGAGGAUGAUGCCACGGCAUCACAGCACAAGAAACACAAAUCUAAGUUUAACAUCGGGCCGGACAACUUACCAGAUGGAACCUACAGAAGAAAAGUGAUUAAAAUAAAAAAAGACCUAAUCCACAAAGCCAAAGUAAAAAAAUCAUACGCAAAACUCAAGGCCCGCGACCCCGACCUUGCAGCCUCCUCCGCACCCCCUCCCACCGAAUCCGAACCAGAACCAGAACCAGUAACCCAAGAACUUCACCCUGAACGACAAGCAAUGCUCGAUGCCCCCCGCUCUCCCACACCGCCUCCAAACCAAGAUUCAAACCCAAAUCCGUAUCCCGGCAACCGCCAACCCCGCCGCAAUAACGGUAAACGCCCCGCUUAUUUCGAAAAAGAACAAGCCUUCGCAGCGCAACAAAAGUCGGACGCGGAAGCGAAAAGGAUAGAGAGGGAACGUAGGGAGAAAGAGAGGGGCGAGAAGGUUGAGGAGAGGGAACGAUUUCGGAGGGCGAUGGCGAAGGCGAGGACGGGAGGCAGGAAUGGACAGAGGAAGUUAGGGAGGGAGAGUAAGGUGCUUUUGGAGAGAGUUAGACGGGUUGUUGGCGAAUAA